GCUGCUGCCAGCAAAACAGUGGUCAAAACAGACAAGAGUUGAACGCAAGACUGUAUCUAAACCAUCUUUAGUCGAAAGGUACUCUAAAGUCCUGCCAUUGACUGCAUUGUUGUUGUUGCUACGCAAGCAGGACAAUAUGAAUCCACUCAGUUCAGAGAAGGAAACGUUGAUUGAUGAAAUCGAACAGAGUUUAUUUACUUUAACCGUGGACAAUUUACGUUACCUGUGUGAACGUCAUAGACAAGAUGGCAAAGAUGGAUCUGAAAUUAAAGGGAUGAAUCAUCGCUUAUUAAGGCGUAAAAUCAUGGAGGAAAUGUGGGACAAUACAGAUUCAAUGAAAUCAGAGGAGCAGGGAAUGUCUUGGUUAGUCCAACUGAAAGAGGACAUCAGGAGGAUACUGGAGGAUGCUAGGGGUGCACCAAUGAGUCCCAGCCAGUCCGAUGAUGAUGAUGCUGUAGACUGUGACGAAGAAUGCGAAGAGGAGGACAGCGAUUGGUUGCCUAGCAAUGGACUGAAGGUGGAGCACUUGAGUUCCAGCCGAUCCGAUGAUGAUGAUGCUGCAGACUGCGACGAAGAAUGGGACGUGGAGGACAAGGAUUGGUUGGCUAGCGAUGGGCUGGGGGUGGAGUUGAAUCCAGAGAGGCACACACAAGAGCGGAGUGUGAGAGGCAACAAGCUUCCCACGUCCCCCUCUGCCCUACCGAAGUCCCCAGGUCCUGCCUCUCCCGGUAAUGCAUUACUGCUGGGUCUGAAGAGGGUGUCUGUGCGGCUGGACGACUGCAGGAAAACACCGGGGCAGAGUGGCCAUAUAAUACACAAGACAACACAGACAGGAGAGAAACCCCACAGCUCGUCUAAUGCUGAACAACACAAUACCCUUUCAGGAGACAGGCCUAGCUCCCAUAUCUGUGAUCACUGUGGGAAGAAUUUUGUCACAGCAAGAAGUCUAAAACUACACUUACAGUACCUGAAGAGAUACAGAGAUAACUUGACUGGAGAGAAACCACACGUGUGCUCUACAUGCGGAAAGGGAUUCAGUGAGGCUGGCAGUCUUAAGAGACACCUGAGAACUCAUACUGGGGAGAAACCGUACGUCUGCCCUCGUUGUGGGAAGGCUUGGAGUGAUUCUGGAAACUUAAGGAGACACAUGAGAAAAACUCACCCAGGAGAGAAGUUUGUUGUGAAGAGCAUCCUUACAGGAGAGAAACCUUACCAUUGCUGCUCUGACGACUGUGGGAUGAGCUUCAGUACGUCACGCGAACGCAGAGUACACCAGAGAAAACACACAAGAGAGAAGCUUCGCAGCACGCCUAAUGCUAAACAACGUAAGGAACCCCUCUCAGGAGAUGGCUCCCAUAUCUGUGAUCACUGUGGGAAGUGUUUUAUCACAGCAAGGAGUCUAAAACGACACUUACAGUACCUGAAGAGAUACAGAGAUAACUUGACUGGAGAGAAACCACACGUGUGCUCUACAUGCGGAAAGCGAUUCAGUGAGGCUGGCAGUCUUAAGAGACACCUGAGAACUCAUACUGGGGAGAAACCGUACGUCUGCCAUCAUUGUGGGAAGAACUACAAUGAUUCUGGAAACUUAAGGAGACACAUCAGAACUCACACAGGUGAGAAACCUUACCACUGCUCGGAAUGUGGUAAGAAUUUUCGUGAAAAAAUAAGCCUUGAACAUCACCGGGAAGUGGUUCACACAGAACACCCUCACCGCUGUGCUCACUGUAUGAAGAGCUUCGUAAGUGCAUCUAAACUGGAAUCACACAUACAAAACCGACAUCCACCAAAUGAUCCUCUGAAAAACCCACAUGUGUGCUCUGAAUGUGGAAGGGGAUUCAGUGAGGCCGGUAGUCUUAAAAGACACCUGAGAAUCCAUACUGGGGAGAAACCAUACGUCUGCCCUCAUUGCGGUAAGGAUUUUACUCAAUCUGGACUCUUACAGAGACACAUGAGAACCCACACUGGAGAGAAACCCUACCACUGCUUGGUGUGCGGGAUUAAGUUUCGUCAUACAAUCUCGUUAAAGCAGCACCACCUGAAGAACCACAAGGGGGAGACACUGGGUCCCGUCCGUAUGCACCAAGGCCCUCUUCCAUGCCCCCACUGCGGGGAGAAGUUCUCUACCAAGGCUCUUCUAAAGGGUCACCUGCAGAAGACCCACAAAAGUAGAGUCCACUGCCUACAGUGCAACAAGACCUUCUCCACUAAAGGUAGCUUACUAGUCCACCAGAGGAAACACACUGGAGAGAGGCCUUACCUUUGCCCUCAGUGUGGGAAGUGUUUCUCUCUGGCAGGGAGUUUAAAACUUCAUCUCCGGAUUCAUGCGGGUGAGAAACCUUACUGCUGUACUUACUGUGACAAGAGAUUCACAAGUAAGAGCCACUGCAAUCUACACCUGCGAAUCCACACCGGAGAGAAGCCAUACCAAUGCCCUGACUGCGGGAGGAGGUUUCGUGACGGGAAUGUCCUGAAAAACCACCGGCGGACCCACACAGGAGAGAAACCGUUCCAGUGCCACCUGUGUGAUAAAGCCUUUGCCCAGUGGAGCAGUCUGAAGAAACAUCAGGAGACACAUAGGCUAACUCAGCCUGUCUCUGUCCCAAGACUCCCUAAUCCCUAUCUACCACACAAUCAGCAUGUACCUUAUCCCUACCCACCACAGACUCAAUGGUAACUUUAUCACCUGUCCAAUCCCUUAUAGCGUGAUUUCUCAUGAUACCCAGACCAAAAAAUACCAUGAUUUGGGGGAUUUUCACAAAAUGUAAUCCAUAGAAUAGUACAAAACAUUUUCACCUUCCUAAUAUUGAGUUGCACCCCAUUUUGCCCUAGAACAGCCUCAAUUUGUUGGGGCUUGGAGUCUACAA